AUGUCAGAGCGUGGAGGGCCGAAGCCUCCGCCCACUUUGCCCUGCCGGUGCAGCUCCGAGUCCAACACCUGUUAUCCAAUAGAUCUUGUCCAUGGAUUGACCCUCCUUACCCUCCUUCCAGACGCCGUAGGAAGGAGUCUGCGGGUUCCUGUCGCUUCCAGUCGAGUAGGAGGAGCCGGGCGGCUGUCGUUCCAGUCGAAGAAGAAGCACCUCCCAACCACCCGUUGCUUCUGGCGUCGAGAUCUUCCAGUCGAGGAGGAGGAACCCGAUUGUCGUCGUACACCAGUCGAGCCGGAGCUCCAGCUCAAGGGCAGUCGAAAGUGA